GGGACUGGGCCGGGGUGUAGGGGAAGCCGGGGCCGGGUCGGAGCGCGGCGCUCACUCCCGCGCUCUCCCGCCGCAGGCGUGAACCUGGUCCGGAAGCAGGCGGUGAACUUCACGGAGGCGGCGGGCAGGCCUCGGCGCGAGGAGGAAGUGAGCGCGCUGUGCUGGGCGGACGCGGCCGAGAGCCAGAUUCUAAUCGGCUGUGCCAACGGGACCGUGAAGUCCUUCAGCACAGAGGGGGGCAAGUUCCUGAGGAGCAGGUGCUGUCCAGGAGGAGAAGGGACUUUUCGAGGGCUUGCAAAGCAUGAUGGCUGUCUUAUCACAUGUGUGGAGUCUGGAAUUCUCCGAGUCUGGCCUGAGGACUCCUCUGAACAUAUUAAAGAGCUCAGUGUGGGUCCAAGUGUGUGCAGGAUGCGCCAGGACCCCGAUCGACCCCAAGUUGUGGCCACUGGUGGGAAGGAGAAUUCACUGAAGGUGUGGGACCUGCAGACAUUGUCCCAGGAGCCCAUAUUCAAAGCAAAGAAUGUCCGCAAUGACUGGUUGAAUCUCCGGGUUCCCAUCUGGGACCAGGACAUCCAGUUCCUCCCAGGGUCACAGAAAAUCGUUACGUGCACUGGACAUCACCAGGUGCGAGUGUAUGACCCAGCCUCCCCACAGCGGCGGCCUGUGCUGGAAGCCACCUAUGGAGAAUAUCCCCUGAUGGCCAUGACCCUCACUCCAGGGGGCACUUCUGUGGUUGUGGGAAACACCCACGGGCAGCUGGCAGAAAUUGACCUUCGGCAAGGGCGCCUGGUAUGCUGCUUAAAGGGUCUGGCAGGCAGUGUUCGGGGGCUGCAGUGCCAUCCGACUCAGCCUAUUCUUGCUUCCUGUGGCCUGGACCGAGUUCUGCGUGUGCAUCGACUUCGGGAGCCUCGAGGACUGGAACACAAGGUUUAUCUCAAGUCACGGCUGAACUGUCUCCUCUUGUCAGGCAGGGACAACUGGGAGGAUGAGCCCAGAGAGCCUGCCCCAGUCCCCUCAGAAGAAGCAGAGAAUGAUGAGUUGUGGGAUUCACUGGAGCCCGUGGUUGUUGGGGUCAAGAGGAGACAGAAGCCCCUGGAAGCCCAGCCUGGGGGGAAGAAGAAGCAACAGCAGCUGGGUGGCCCCUCACCUCUGUCCCCCUCUUUGUAAAUAAAGAAGUCAC